CUUGCCUUGCCUUCCCCAUUCCCUGCCUUAUUUGUACUUGGCCACCACUGCUGAGAACAGGCAGGCCACGCUCACAAGAAAGAACAGAAGAGCAGAGCAGAGGAGAAGAGGAGAGGAGGAGGAGAGGAGAGCAGCGCAGCAGAGCUCUGUGUGUGUGUGUGUGUGUGUGUUGUUGAGUCGUGUAGAUGUCGAGGAUGGUCGCGGUGGUGGAAGGAAGCAUGAGCGUGGUGUGAGAGUGCGAGGGGCAGGCAGAUCACUGGCUGGCUGGUACUGGGUGGGCGAAAUUGCCGCAGCAGCCCUUGCGUGAGGGCAAUUGGGGCCGGGAGGACGCGGAAUCGUGACCGAGAUUUGUCGUUGGGUUGGGGGAGGGGGGAAUUGGUGUGUUUCGGGUGAGGGCGAGGUGGAGGUGGUGGUGGGAGGAAGGGAAGAGAUCCGUACGGUGGAGAGUUGGGGGACGAGAAGCCUGAGGGAAAGGAGGAGUUGCAGCGCUUGGCUGGCUUAUUGCUGGCUUUCUCGCUGUCUCCGAGGCCGGAAGGCCACUUUCAAUUCCGUCUUGGUUUAUUACUAUUGUGCUUUGUGCAUCCUUGUGUUGGUCUGCUGUUAGAAGCCCCGCCUACCUCUUACCAGAAGCCAAUUGUGCCUGUGCGAGGACUAGUGGAGUUGUGGGAGGGAGAGAAAAAGAAGCACUGAAGCACAGACGGGGCGUCGUACAAUCGUUUCCGAUUGCAGAGGGGGCUGCUUGCGAGGAGUGCAUAGCGGUGCCCCCCAUGAAGAGUUUCCGGGGAUUGAAAUCUGUGCAGGCAGCACGUGUACCAGGCCGAAUGGCGCCCAAGGGUUACAAUACUCCCACACUUCUUCGUUUCAUCAGGUGAGUCCGCAACACAUCAAUCACCCGGGUAUGGACAUGAUUCCAUAGUGAAGGCAAAAAGUAUAAUCAAUUCCUUGACGAAGGACGAGAGCCAAACGUUAAGGAGUAUUUGAGGAGCGCAGGGUCUGAAAGAAAUGGGGAAAUUGUAUCUGAUACAGCUGGAUGGGCGCAUCUACAGCUGUAAAUUCUGCCACAGCCAUCUCGCGAACUCCGACCAAUUAGUUUCCAGGCAAUUUCAUUGUCGACAUGGGAAAGCCUAUUUGUUCAAUACCGUUGUGAAUGUGUCGGUUGGACCACAUGAGGAUCGGAGGAUGACUACAGGACUCCAUACAGUUGCUGACAUUUUCUGCAACUGCUGUCAGCAGAUUGUUGGCUGGAAAUACGAGUUGGCUCAUGAGUUGGCCCAAAAGUAUAAGGAAGGAAAAUUCAUCCUUGAACGAGCGAAGGUUGUUGAUGGCGAUAGCAAUGGGAGUACUGAUUACUAUCUGGAUUCACAGCCGGUCCACAGUGACACAGAGGAUGUUUGAGAUUGAAUUUUGUCAAUCACUCUUCGUACAUCUACAAUCCGUGAAAACCAUUUAUCACCGGACCUGGGGUAUUCGCAUGGCAUUGUAUAGAGAUAGUCGUUGUGUUUGUGUACAAAGCGGUUUGCUCACCAGUCUCUGCUGCCUGCUCGACUGUCACAUGAGCAUCACCUAGAGUAGCCUGUAAAUAGUUAUACAAUACCAUUUAACUCGUCAUGAACACAAUUUUCUUUAGCAACUCAUGUCUUCUCUUUGGAAGUGCUGGCCAAGUUUGGAUGAACAUUAUGAAGAUGUGACUAGUUAUCCGCAAGGGUUUCUAGUGCUAGUUAGCCGUGUUUGCCACCUGGUUGUGGAGAAGUUUCAUCUGAUUCAGGCAGCACGUUGAUACGUUUACUGUAUCAAUGGCUGUUAGGGUGUUGACAGAACAACUUCUGGAGAAAUAACAAAUGAAACGUGCUCAAUAGACCUUUUUCUCUUUCAGAUUCAUGUCC